AUGGCUAACGACGGUCAACAAACACAGCAAGUUCAACAGCCAACAUUCAUACACCAUUUCAAGGCACCGCCAUUUUGGGUACAGAAUCCGAAAAUGUGGUUUACUCAGCUGGAAUCCCGUUUUGUCACAGCAAAUAUCACGGAUGACGAGACGAAGUUUCAUUACGUUGUUGGCGCGUUAGACGCGGACAUACUCACGUACGUAUCGGACGUUCUUGAAAGACCGCCGGUAAGCAAUAAGUAUUUAAAACUAAAACAAGUACUUACCGAACGCUUAUCCGAGUCUGAAGAGAAAAAGUUAAAAAAGUUAUUACGAGAUUUAGAACUAGGCGAUAAAAAACCGUCAUAUUUGCUUCGUGAAAUGCAGCAGUUAGCAGGCAACCAGUUAGCCGACGAUAUGUUAAAAAAUUUAUGGUUACAGCGUUUACCGUUACAAGUGCAAGCUGUACUCACGACCAGCACAGACUCACUAUCUAAUUUGUCGAAAAUGGCUGAUAAAAUCCACGAAGUAAGUGAAGUAAGUACCGUUGCAGCUGUGAACAUGGAAAAGCAAUGCAAAUGCCAAACAAAUAAUUCGCAGUCAGCUUUGGAACUGCAAAUUAUUUCACUUACUAAAGCAAUCGAAGAACUGAGUCAACGGGGCCGUAACAAUGACAAGAGAGAUGGCAAGCAAUACGGACGAACAAGGCUCAUGGUGCAAGAUGCACUCAAGCCUCCACAACAAAAAAAACUAGAAAGCAAACCAGUUGAAGCGGCGACUGGUUGUGCAAGCACAACAAACCGCUUAUUUGUAACUGAUCUCGCCAGCAAACUGAAGUACCUUGUUGAUAGUGGAGCAGAAAUCUCUGUGGUACCACCUUCAAACGCAGAUAAACAAACAAAAUCUGAUACAUUAAAAUUAUAUGCUGCAAAUGGUACAGCUAUCAACACUUACGGCACAAAAAUCAUAUCAUUAAACCUUGUUGAUUUAAACAAUAAGAAACUUAUUGAUAAUUUAACAAAGUUGGUUAGACAGUGUUCAACAAUUGAAUGCCCAGAUGUUGCGAUUACAACCGUGCAAGCAAACCAUCCAUAUGCAAGUAUAUUAGCACAAUUUCCAUUAAUCACUAAACCUUUUUCCAGGACAUCUAACAUUAAUCAUGACGUUGUCCACUACAUUACAACAAAUGGAGCACCAUGCAACUCAAAACCACGACGUCUACCACCGGAUAGAUUAGCAAUAGCCAAAAGUGAAUUCAAAAACAUGGUUGACCUAGGAAUUUGUCGACCAUCCAGCAGUUCUUGGUCAAGUCCUUUGCAUCUUGUUAGGAAGGCGGAUAGCAGUUGGCGACCAUGUGGAGAUUAUCGAGCUCUUAACAGUAAGACUGUAGCAGAUAGUUAUCCAGUACCACAUAUUCAUGAUGUAGCAUACAUACUACAAGGUAAAAAUUGUUUUUCUAAAAUUGACCUUAAUAAAGCAUAUCACCAGAUACCUGUAGCCGAAAGUGAUAUUCCCAAAACAGCUGUAAGUACACCAUUUGGUUUAUUCGAAUUUGUUAGAAUGCCUUUCGGUCUACGCAAUGCAGGACAGACUUUCCAACGAUUCAUGCAUAGAGUACUUGAGGGAUUAGACUAUUGUUUCCCUUACAUGGAUGAUGUACUGGUAGCUUCUGAAAGUAAACUCCAACAUGAAGACCACCUCAGAGCAGUAUUUGAACGUCUAGACAAGUUUGGAUUGUUAUUAAAUAUGAGUAAAUGUGUUUUUGGAGCUGAACAAAUUGACUUUUUAGGGUAUAGUAUAAGCAGUUUAGGUACUAAACCACUACCACAAAAAGUCCAACAUACCAAAAAGGAAACAAGAAAAACGACAAAACAACAAUUGAAUGGAACGAACCUGCUGAGUGCGUUUCAAGAAUGCAAAACAUCCUUAGCAAAUGCAGUAUUAUUGGCACAUCCAAAGUGUUCAGCGUCACUGGCAGUCAAAGUUGAUGCAUCAAAUUUUGCUGUCGGAGGUGUUUUAGAACAAGAAGAAGAAAAAAACAAUUGGAGGCCGCUAGCAUUUUUUUCAAAGAAAUUAAGCACUGCUCAACAGAAGUAUAGCACAUAUGACAGAGAACUCCUUGCCAUAUACCUUACUAUCAAGCAAUUCAAACAUAUGUUGCAAGGGAGACAUUUCAUAGUUUGGACAGACCAUAAGCCCCUGACAUAUGCUUUCAACCAAAAACUUGACAAGUGCUCUCCAAGACAAUUUAGACAUCUAGAUUAUAUUGGACAGUUUACUACUGAAAUAAAGCACAUACCUGGUAAAGAAAAUAUAACUGCAGAUUUAAUGUCAAGAAUUGAACAAAUAAAUGCUGCUGCACCAAAUAAUGCAUUUUGCUUUUUAUGGACCGAAGUUAAUGGUCAAAAAGGAAGCUCUGAGAUUGGAUCAGCAUUAUUAAAGUGGAUAUAUCAACUCCCUGAAAGUAUUAAAGAGAUUUCCCUGUAUUCUGAUACAUGUAGUGGGCAAAACAGAAAUCAAUAUGUUGCUGCAUUAUUUUUAUUUGUUGUAAUUCAUACAAACAUUGAAGUACUCCAUCACAAUUUUAUGGAGAGUGGUCACUCAUAUAUGGAGGUAGAUAGCAUGCACAGUGCUAUUGAUUCAGCUAAAAAAAACGUACCAGUCUAUACCAUGCACGAUUGGUUGAAUAUCUGUCGCCUAGCUCGUUCUCAAAGAAACAAUAAAAAAUGUUCUGGGUACUCUGUUCAUGAAUUAUUAUAUACAGAUAUUUAUGAUCUAAAAAGUCUAGCAAGUAUUUUAAUAAAACAUAGAACUAUUGAUAACUAUGGUGCUCAAGUUUCUUGGUUAAAAAUUAAAGUUAUGAAAUAUGAAAAAAAUAAAAAAGGGAUUAUACAGUUCAAAUACAAUUACUCAGACAAUGAAUAUAGAAGUAUACACGUGGGUGGAAAAGAAAACAAAAAAAAAGAUCUCAUGAAGUUGUGUAAGUCUGAAGCAAUACCAAAAGACUUCCAUAAUUGGUAUCAAAAUAUUCCAUUCAGCUCAAAAAAGAAAGAUACAAUACAAAUUUCAGAUUCUGAAUCAAAUUCUGAAUAG